UAUCGGUAUAUAAUAUAUUUAUCGAAGCGGUCACACUGACCCGAUUCUACGCUUAGUUUGACAAUCAUAAACUAAGACAACAUUGACAAAUGAAACUAAAUGUUUAAUUAAUUUGCUCUUGAAAACAGCCACAUAUAAUAAAAAUAGUACAGUUUUAAAUCCAACAUGUUUUCGGUGACUUGUGUAGCUCCUGUGAAUAUAGCUCUCAUUAAAUAUUCAACACAUAUUCUAGGGGGAAAACGUAACGAAGAUCUUAUACUUCCUAUCAACGAUUCUGUCAGCAUGACUUUACGCACAGACGAGCUGUGCGCCGAGACAACAAUAACUGCGUCGGAAAGCUUUUAUUCCAAUAAAAUGUGGCUCAACGGCGAGGAAGUUCCUUUUGAAGAAAAUACACGAAUUUUGCGAUGUUUAAAUGAAGUUCAUCGUCUGGCUAUAUGUGCUGGUUCUCAAAAAAUACCACUGUCAUGGAAAAUUCACGUUAAGUCUUUUAAUAACUUUCCUACCGCAGCAGGACUUGCUUCGAGCGCCGCUGGUUAUGCUUGUCUUGUUUAUUCUUUAGCUUGUUUGUAUGGCAUUCCCGUUAAUGAUCAAUUAACUACUGUAGCUCGACAAGGAAGUGGGUCGGCCUGUCGUAGCUUAUAUGGAGGAUUCGUCCAAUGGCAUCGAGGAAAUUUAGAUAGUGGAUGUGACUCUGUUGCUAAACAAGUUGUAUCAUCAAAAUUUUGGCCAAAUAUGCAUUUGAUUAUUUUAGUCGUCAAUGAUCAACGUAAAAAUACCGGUUCUACGCUAGGAAUGCAACGUUCUGUGCAAACGUCUCAAUUAAUUCAACAUCGUGCCGAUAAAGUAGUCCCCGAAAGAGUGAAUCAAUUAAAAACAGCAAUUCAUAAACAUGACUUUGAUACGUUCGCUAAGAUUACAAUGAAAGACUCGAAUCAAUUUCAUGCUAUUGCCAUGGACACUUAUCCGCCUUGUGUUUACAUGAACGAAACAUCUCAUUCAAUUGUGUCGUUUGUCCACGAUUUUAAUGAAUUGAUGGGAAGCUCGCUUAUCGCUUAUACCUUUGAUGCCGGACCAAACGCAUGCUUGUACGUUUUGGAAGAGAAUAUUCCCAAGUUAAUUUAUGCGAUCAAUAAAGCAUUCCCAAAUGAUGAGGAAAGUGCAGACUAUCUGAGAGGUAUUCCCUUGUCAAAUCUGGACAUACAAUCAAAAACAAAAGACAAUAUCUUUCGAGAAAAAAUGGAAUUGUUAAAAAUUCAACAAAAAAAUACAUUGAAGUAUAUAAUUCACACAAAAGUUGGAGAAGGACCACGACUACUAAGAGCUAACGCACGUUGAUUCAAUAAGAUAUAUUUUGGUGUACAGAAAAGCUUUCUUUUCUAUUUGGUAAAAUUUUUUUAAGGGGAUUGGUACAAGUUAAGCUUAAAAUAAUUUAAAAUGUAACUUUUUGAAAUGAUGUGCUGGGUUGAAUAAAAACACUUUUUAUUAAACGCAAAAAAA